CCAAAAAUAAAUAAACUUUCUGCAUUUGAAUUCUUGAGCGAUCAGCCGAUCACAUCCACACUCAUCUCAAUCAUCGGCGCAUCACUUUGAACCGUACCCACGGCCACGAGUAUAGAAGGGAGGAUUCAUUAACUUCAUCACAGCAGAGAUUAUGGUUUCUUCUCAAGAAAAGUUACGCAGUGAUUUUGCUGAAUUAAAUCAAUGAAUGUCAUUUACCGGAAAAAUGAAAGUCGUGUUUUUGGCUUUGGUCUCAAGUCUGAACUCUGAACUUCGUAGCUUUCGUUUCCGACUCUCCGACCAGCUUGGUUUUUUUUUUCUUUUUUCUUCAUUCUGUCUUAUUUCAAAACUCAAAAGCAGCAUUCAUUGCCUGGAUAGCGAGAGGCGGCCCCAUCAAUUUUUUACUUCCAGUUAUGGAUGUCAACUGAUGCAUGCUUGCCUGGGUUUGCCUGAUAACCUUCUCGUGUUCUCAAUUUCUUCUCCUGUCUUGUUUUGUCUCUUUCGGGAUAGCCAGAGGGAUAAGAGAUGGGAAAAUGGCAAACGUUCCUCACAUGUCUUCCAUUCGUUCCUCCCAUCCAGUUUUCAUGGUCCUGGAAGCACCAACUAUCCUCAUUCGCAGUUUCUCCACCUCAAAAUUGCCCUUCCCUAUAAACCCUUAUCGUCUUCUUCUUCACUCUCAUAUCUCUUCCCUGCUGCAACCAGAACCUUCAACUCCACAAAAGACAUUAUCUUUUUUUAUCUUUUCCGCUUUAUCUUCAUCUUCAAUGGCCGCGGAGUUCUCCGGUGGGAGGAGGAAUUCCAAUACCCAACUCCUUGAAGAACUCGAGGCAUUAAGCCAAUCCCUCUAUCAAUCCCAUAUCUCCACCACUCGAAGAACCGCUUCCCUCGCCCUUCCCCGGACUUCAGUUCCUCCUAUUUCAUCUGCCGACGUUGCUAAACAUGAGGAGAAGCUCGACACCAGACCCCGCUCCAGGCGCAUGUCCCUGUCACCAUGGCGUUCUCGGCCGAAGCUCGACGACAACGAGAAGAAUGACCACGGAGACAGGGCUAGAGUUUUGCAGCCUGCCAAGAAGAUGGACGACAAGGCAGUUUCUGCCGAGAAGAAAGGGAUUUGGAAUUGGAAGCCUAUUCGAGCUCUUGCCCACAUCGGUAUGCAGAAGCUGAGCUGUUUGUUAUCGGUUGAAGUUGUAACUGUCCAAGGUUUACCGGCAUCCAUGAAUGGUCUUCGGCUUUCUGUUUGCGUCAGGAAGAAGGAGACUAAAGACGGAGCGGUGCAGACGAUGCCAUCUAGAGUUUUGCAGGGAGCGGCGGACUUCGAAGAGACUAUGUUUGUCAAGUGUCAUAUCUAUUGCACCAGUGGCAGUGGAAAACAGCUAAGGUUCGAACCUCGUCCUUUCCUGAUUUACGUGAUCGCAGUUGAUGCAGAGGAGCUUGAUUUUGGAAGGAGUUCUGUGGAUGUGAGUCUUCUGGUCCAGGAAUCUAUGGAGAAGAGUCUUCAGGGGACACGAGUUCGGCAAUGGGAUAUGAGUUUCGAUCUGUCCGGAAAGGCAAAAGGAGGAGAACUAGUUCUGAAGUUAGGCUUUCAAAUUAUGGAGAAGGACGGUGGAAUGGGGAUUUAUAGUCAGGCUGUGGGGCUGCUGGGUCAAAGUAGAGACUCCUCAUCUUCAUUUGCUCGCAAGCAAUCAAAAUCUUCUUUCAGUAUUCCCAGUCCAAGGAUGUCGAGCAGAAUGGAAGCCUUGACUCCUUCCAAGGCUGGGACAUCAGUAGAUUUUCAGGGAAUUGAGGACUUAAAUCUUGAUGAGCCAGCUCCGGUUCCUUCAACUCCUCCAUCUGUUCAGAAGUCUGAAGUUUUGGAGCCUAAGGUCGAAGACCUUGAUCUUCCAGAAUUUGAAGUCGUGGAUAAAGGAGUUGAGAUUCAAGACAAGAAUGGUGCAGCAGAAGUAAAAUCUGAAGAAGCUCUAGACGAGAGGUCAGUUUCGAGUGAAGUUGUUAAGGAAGUCGUGCAAGAUCAAGUCCAUCUAACAAGAUUAACAGAACUUGAUUCCAUUGCCCAGCAAAUCAAAGCUCUUGAAUCUAUGAUGGGAGAUGAUAAUGUUAAAGCAGAGGAUGAAACUGAAUCACAAAGAUUAGAUGCAGAAGAAGAAACAGUGACACGGGAAUUUCUUCAGAUGCUUGAGGACGAAGAGGCUAAGGAGUUUCAACUUGAUCAAGCCGAUAUUCCACCUUUCAAGUUAGGGGGAGCUGAAGAAGAUAGUGAGGCUGAAUCCAAGGUUUUCUUGCCUGAUCUUGGAAAGGGCCUGGGUUCUGUCGUUCAAACAAGAGACGGUGGUUACUUAGCUGCCGUGAACCCUCUAGACAUUGAGGUGUCAAGAAAAGAAACCCCAAAACUUGCAAUGCAGAUCUCAAAACCAUUGAUUCUUCCCUCGCACAAAUCCUUGAGUGGGUUUGAGGUCUUUCAGAGGAUGGCAGCCAUUGGUGUUGAAGAACUAAGUUCUGAAAUCUUAUCUUCAAUGCAAAUGGAUGAAUUGAUUGGUAAAACUGCAGAACAGGUAGCUUUUGAAGGAAUAGCUUCAGCAAUCAUCCAUGGGAGGAAUAAAGAAGGUGCUAGCUCAAGUGCUGCUCGUACCAUUGCUGCAGUGAAAUCUAUGGCAACUGCAAUGAGUACAGGUAGGAAAGAGAGAAUUGCAACAGGGAUUUGGAAUGUGAAUGAGGAACCAGUGACUGUGGAUGAGAUUCUGGCAUUUUCAAUGCAAAAGAUUGAGUCUAUGACAGUUGAAGCUCUAAGGAUUCAGGCAGAGAUGGCUGAAGAUGCUCCCUUUGAUGUUUCUCCAGUUGUUGGGAAGCCAGGUGCAGUUGUUGGGGAAGAUCCAAAUCGCCCAUUGUCCUCUGCCAUUCGGAUUGAGGAUUGGCUCAGAAAUGGGGGCCUGAUCAUCUCAGAAGGUGACCAGGGUAUCCCUGCAACAAUUACUCUAGCAGUUGUUGUCCAGCUAAGAGACCCAAUUAGGAGAUAUGAGUCAGUAGGUGGUCCAAUGGUUGCAUUGAUUCAGGCCACACAUGCAGAUACCAAAGGUGCAAAAGAUGAGGAUGAGCAGAGGUUCAAAGUGGCAAGUUUGCAUGUUGGAGGUUUGAAGGUGAAGGCAGGCGGGAAGCGGCAUGUAUGGGAUGCUGAGAAGCAGCGAUUGACUGCAAUGCAAUGGUUGGUGGCAUAUGGAUUGGGUAAGGUGGGAAGGAAAAACAAACAUUCUCAGCCAAAGGGACUAGAUUUAUUAUGGAGCAUUUCAUCUCGCAUAAUGGCAGAUAUGUGGCUAAAGUCAAUAAGAAAUCCAGAUAUAAGGUUUCCCAAGCUGCAAUGGGUGUGAGGUCACUUUACCCUACACAAUGUUUCCAGCAUGUGUAGAUAUGUACUUGUUGAUAUAAUUUUAUUCAUUUUGUA